AAUUAUAAAAUAUUUAUGGUUAGAUAUAUAUAUUAAGGACCGUUUGACUGAGUUUAUAAGUUCGGUUUCCAAAUUUAUAAAUCCGGAAAAUUUCAUCCGUACCAUUUUUUAUUCAAUAAACAUUUUUGAAAUUACCCAAAACUGAGCCUUAGAUAUGAUUAUUUUGGGAAAAAAAUGACAGCAGCAAGUAAAAAUCUGGUAAAGUAACAUAGAGCAGCGAGCACAGAGACCCCGUGAUUUACCUGCUCUCAAGUCCAGGCUGUAACAGAAUUUCAGUUUUUUGAUAUCUGAUUUCUGCGCAUUGAAUUUGUAGCCAUGUCUGCCAUUUUGUUCAAGAAAGGAGCUCAAACACUAACUCCAUUUCAUGCUCUCACUUCAUUCACGCUAAUGCCUCAAAGUGUAAGCCCUUGUUCUCUUUUACUCCAUUCUCAUUUUCUUCUUUUCUCUACGAAGCCUAACCCUAAUUCACAACCCAAAGCCCCCUUUAUUCCUUCUCCAUCUACCACUCAUCCCGAACUUAAACAAUUGCUCUAUCAUAAAUCUAAGCUUGGUUUCGAUAAACUGGACGAUGCGCUCCUCGUGUUCGACAAAAUGAUCCUUCUGAAAUCUAGGCUUUCUGUUGUGGAUUUCAACCAACUCUUAACUGCCAUUGUUCGAAUGAAAGACUACUCUGUUGCCAUUUCCAUGUUUAGAGAAAUGCGUAUGUUAAGCAUUCCUGUUGAUAUUGUUACCUUUAAUACUGCCAUUCAUUCCACUUGUCACUUGAGUACUCUUGAUUAUGCCUUUUCCUUGCUUGCUGGAAUCAUCAAGAGUGGUCAUGUCCCUAGUGUUGUUACCUACAACACUCUCAUCAAGGGCCUUCUGUCUCAAGACAGGCCUUUAGAGGCUGAGCAUCUGUUUAGGAAGCUUAUCAGAUUUCGAGAAAUUCAGCCCGAUGUAGUUAUGUAUAGCACCAUCAUUGAUGGUCUCUGCAAAACUUCAAAUACCUCCAUGGCUCUCAAGUUGUUAAGAAAGAUGGAGAAGUUAGGUUGUAAACCCAAUGCGAUAACUUAUACCUCGAUUAUUGAUUCUCUGUGCAAAGAAAGACGAGUUGAUCAUGCAUUGGAUCUUGUGUCUGUAAUGAGCGUUAAAGGCAUUCCACCAAAUGUUAUAACCUAUAACACAUUACUUCAAGGUCUUUGCAGCUCCAGCCGAUGGGAGGACGUUGAGCCUUUGUUAAGUGAGAUGGGUGCUCAGAAGAUCCCUCCUGAUUUGCAUACCUAUAAUAUAUUGGUCGAUGCACACUGCAAAGAAGGGAGGACAAUAGAUGCUCAAGAUGUUAUUGAAAUUAUGAUCAAGAAAAGUGUACCUCCUGAUGUAAUCACCUACAACACACUAAUGGAUGGGUUUUGUUUAACAGGCAAAAUGGACAGGGCAUUAGAGGUUCUGAAUACCAUGAGGAGUGAUGGUAUAGCUCCAAAUUGUAGGAGCUAUACCAUUCUGAUAAAUGGUUAUUGUAAGAGGCAGGAACUAGACAAAGCCAUCAAUCUCCUCAGACAAAUGCCUGUUGAAGGUAUAAAAGCCGAUGUUCAAACCUACAGCACCAUCGUACAUGGUCUCUUUCAGAUGGGUAGACAUAAUGAUGUGCACAACCUUCUCCAUGAAAUGCUAAAAAAAGGUAAUAAACCAGAUAUCGUAACAUGUCGAAUUCUGUUGGAUGGCCUUUGCAAGAACCGAUACAUGGAUGAAGCAAUUUCCUUCUUUCGAAUGAUGGAAUGUAAAGGUAUAGCUCAUGAUAUUCAAAUACAUACUAUCCUCAUCGAUGGUCUCUGCAAGAACAGAAAACUUGAUGAGGCCAGAAAUAUUUUUGAUAAGCUUGCUUCAAGAGGCUUGCAACCCAAUGUGAAGACAUACACUACAAUGAUUCAAGGAUUUUGUCAAGAAGGGUUGUUUGAGGAAGCAAAGAUAUUACUUUCUGAAAUGGAAACUAGCGGUUGUUUGCCUAAUGAUGUGACUUACAACACGAUCAUCCGUGGAAGCCUUUUGAAUAAAAGAUAUGAAGAAGCAGUUGUGCUGAUUGAGAACAUGCGAGCUCACAAUUACGAAGCGGAUGCAUCUACCACAUCCAUGGUAGUAGAGCUAUUUCCUAAAGAACAGGAAGAACAGGACCCCGCCGUUCUUGCUUUCUGCAAAUGGUUUUUGCAACAGAAAAAUGAUCACGUUGACAGCUCGAGCACAUUCUGGAUUUGAGAAGAUCAGUCAAAUAGAUCUGAAGGUCUCUACAUCAGAUGCUGGGUGUGGAGCACAGGGCAACAGUGAACUCGGAAAAGGAAAUAUUUUGUAUCCCAUAUUUCUUACAUUCUACUCAACCAUGGUAGAGCCUGUCGAAGAACUAACAGAUGAUGAAAACCCUGCCAAGUGUACAAGGCAUGCAACGAGGGUAAGUUCUUAACAUCGCAAACAUUUAGUAAUUUCAAAAACUAGAUGUCGAGAACGUCCAGAUCCAUCAUUUUAAGGCAUUGACAUGGUAAUGGUUGCUACCUAGUGUCUCGAUCUUAUAUGCUUUUGCUCUGAAGUCCUCUGGCAAAAUUGUGUAAACACAGAGUAUAGCCACAAUAAAACUAAUGAAUUACAUUACAGAUAAAAGAUUAUAAUGUAUAAUUUAUAUUCAAGCUUUGGAAAUUACUA